GUCCGAUAACUGAUCUUUGGUACCUAUAAGGAGCAUUUCUACAAGCUAGUAUCCUCAAAUUCCUCUUGCCGCUCCACGUUCUGCUUUUCCGCAAUUUCCAGAUCUAGACGGGAAGGGAGCUAAUAAGGGCGCAGACUGUCCCAAUAGUUCGACCGCCCUUGGGAUGACGAGGCCAAGUGACCCGAUGGCCUUUGAGCAUCUGCACAAUGGUAGGCGAAAGCCGAAGCAGCGUAACGGUUCUGCACGAUUGGUGGGAAACGCACAGAGAGAUACGUACCUGGGGGCACUGGGACAGGGGCCAGCCCAGUUCUGCCGACGCUGUCCCGUUCUUGUGUCUCGAACAUGUCCUCGGUUUCGCUGGUUGGGCGAACAAGUGCUGUAAAAGUCGCUGGAGAAGCGGUCCGCGUGAAUUUUCUUGCGCCGCUUGACACUGUGAGAUCCAUGAUCGACUUUCCGGUCGUCGAUUCUGUGGAUACGCUUCGCGCUGCUGUUUUCCAUCCUAUGUCUGCGUUUACAGCGAGCUUAAAAUCAUUCUAUGCGCUUGCCAGAGAUGGGUCAGGGCCCGGCAAGGGCUGGUUCACAAAUUCAAUCGCUGGCAUGCUUCGUGCAUCAGUAUCCGAUCUUCCGCCCUGGUGGAAUACGCAAUCUCCUGUGCCUGUCUUGGAUACGCUGUUGCAAUGAGUGGAAAGUCGGAUAACCCUCUGUCUCACUUUCGUCAUCAUAUAUUUAUCGUGAUUCUGUCCUCAACCAAGAUCUCUGUCACGCUCAACUAUCUGCAGCUAACUAUGAUCAGCUGUAUUGGACCAAGGCGUAGGUGCACGACCCGUCUUGUUUCUUGAAGCCGGAGAACAUUUCGUUUCGAUAAAUGCUCGUGGAUCGACGGUCUUUCGUGAUCUGCUCCAGCAUUCUUUUCAUCUUGCCCACGGUGCAGCCAAUUGGAUCCAUUGCUAUGAACGAUGCUAUCGUUUCAGGUGGUGGCUAGCUGCUUCUCAUCGCUGUUUGAGAAUAUUCUCCAAUCAAUUCAAGUCCUCUAGCUUUGCAUCCCUCUGGGAGCAGAUGGCGGGUUAACCCGAAGCCGAGAAGGCAACGGAAUCGCUUUCCCCACUUUGGAAUGUUCGCCGAAGUGGCUCUUUCGGAAUCAAUC